CCCUGGCCCCGGCAGCCGGGCUGGCCCUGCCUGUCCGUCCCCAUGGAGCCGCGGUGGGGGCAGGGGCCGCUCCCCAUCCCGCUCCCGCUCCUGCUCCUGCUGCUGCUCCUGCUGCCGCCGGAGCCCGCCGGAGGGAAAGCCCGACCCAGGAGGAGUUUCAUUGAAUUAGCCAAAGCCAUACAGUGCAGCACGGACAACUCCCCUCUGAAUUACGUGAACUACGGGUGCUACUGUGGUUUAGGAGGAAGUGGUUGGCCCCGGGACAAAACCGACUGGUGCUGCCAUAGUCAUGACUGCUGUUAUGGCCAGGCCGAGGCUAAAGGCUGCCACCCCGUAUUGGAGCCGUACAACUUCAUGUGCAAAGACAAGAAAGUAGAUUGUGACUCGCUGGAAGACAGAUGCCAAAAAAUGAUGUGCAGGUGUGACAGUGAAGCUGUCAAGUGUUGGGCCAAAGUCAAAUUGAACCGAAAGUAUGAAUUCUUCCCCCAGCAUACAUGUGGAAAGAAGCAACCCUCGUGCAAGGCAAGCAAGAACAAACGCACCAUCUCAAAUAAAUAUUAAAAUGCAAAAAUAAAAAUUAUUUUCAUGGAGUAAAAA